CCGUACCCCUGCCCAACAAUAGGUGGCGCUCCAGUCAGUGAUAGCCAACUUCCACCGGAGCCACCACAACCGCACGGCGCGAUUGCCUCUCCAGCCUGUUAGAAACCGGUUUCAGAUCCGCGGUAGAACCGCUGGCGGGAAAAAGUCAAAGCGCUGUCUAGGGUUCCCCUUCGGGUCCGCCCAUCCUCUGGUCUCCCUGGUCUCCCAGGCUCGGGGCUGACUAGGGGCGGACAGCUGAGCCCGCCUACCAACCAGGCCCUUUCUCCCGCCCCUCUGCAGCCGAAACCCUCAAGGGGUUGCAGGUUCAGCUUUGACUUACAGAGACUGCAACCCCAAAUUCAGGGUCGCCGGGAAAACUGAGGCAGGACUGAGGACUCUGGGUGAGAGGUCAGGCGCUGGUCGUGGACUCUUUCUUCCGAGAGCUGAGACGGCUCUUCUGACAGCCCAAAGCGAUUAAUGCCGAUCCUAGAAGAAAGCGCCGAGGUCCGGGAGCCAAGCCCGGCACAGAGGAGGAGGUGGUGGUGGCCCUCGCCUGUGGCCCCGGUGCUGCUUGCGCUCGAACUCGCCGCCAUGGAGGAGUUCCAGGAGCCUCUGAGGGGGCAGCUCCGGCUCUGCUUCUCGCCUGCUGCCCGGACCAGCCUCUUACUGCUCAGGCUCAACGACGCUGCGCUGCGGGCGCUGCAAGAGUGUCAGCGGCAACAGGUACGGCCGCUGAUUGCUUUCCAAGGCCACCGAGGGUAUCUGAGGCUCCCAGGCCCUGGCUGUUCCUGCCUCUUCUCUUUCAUAGUGUCCCAGUGUGGCCAAGAGGGCGCUAGUGGUAGCUUGGACCUUGUGUGCCAACGCUUGGUCAGGUCUGGGCCUAACCGCCUUCACUGCCUGGGCUCACUCAGGGAGCGCCUCACUAUUUGGACAGCCAUGGAUUCUAUCCCAGCCCCAUCAUCAGUUCAGGGACACAACCUGACUGAAGAUGCCAGACAUCCUGACAGCUGGCAGAACACAGGAGACUGUUCUGGAGAUGCAAUAUCACAGCCACAGAUGGCUCUAGAGGAGGUGUCUAUGUCAGAUCCACUGGCAAGCAACCAAGGACAGUCACUCCCAGGAUCCUCAAGGGAGCACAUGGCACAGUGGGAAGUGAGAAACCAGACCUAUCUUCCAAACAGAGAACCUGAUCAGGCACUGCCUUCCUCUGCCAGCCGGAAACGUCUGGAGAAGAAACGUUCAAUGCCUGUAGCCACUGUAGAACUAGAAGAAAAGAGGUUCAGAACUCUACCUCUAGUGCCAAAUCCCCUACAAGGCCAGAGCCAUCAGGAUUUACAAGAGGGAGAAGACUGGGAGCAAGAUGAUAAAGAUAAGGACAUGGACCCCAGAUUAGAAGACAGUUCCUCAGUUCAGGAAGCCUCUGGAUCCCCAAGUCCUCAAGAUGUACCAGACUACCUUCUGCAAUACAGGGCCAUCCACAGUGCAGAACAGCAACAUGUCUAUGAGCAGGAAUUUGAAACAGAUUAUGCUGAAUACCGCAUCCUGCAUGCCCGUGUUGGUGCUGCAAGCCAAAGGUUCAUAGAGCUGGGAGCAGAGAUUAAGAGAGUUCAGCAAGGAACUCCGGAACACAAGGUGCUGGAAGACAAGAUAGUCCAGGAAUAUAAAAAGUUCAGGAAGCGGUACCCAGGUUACAGAGAAGAAAAGCGUCGUUGUGAGUACCUUCACCAGAAAUUGUCCCACAUUAAAGGUCUCAUCCUGGAGUUUGAGGAAAAGAACAGGGGCAGCUGAAGUUAUCAAGAGGGCUCUUGACCCUCUGCUUAGUGAAACAUGAAGGAACAAAGCAGCUAUAAACUAAGUAGAAUGCAGCUAUCUGUUUUUCUUAUGCUGACCACUGGAGUCCAGGUGGCAAGUGGAGAGUUGCUCUAGGUUCUUGAGGUUUGGUUUUCAUUGUUGCUAAUUUUUAGGGUGUAGGCACUGUGCAAAGACUCCAUAGCUGUUGUGCUCAGGAGUCUAGAAAAAGUGAGAGAAGCUUGGCUUCUUCACUUUUAGUUCAGCCAAGUCAUUUUCAAGUCCUGAGAAACGACAUCAUCUUCAGGAUAAGAUAAUGAGGACAUUAGACAAAUUAAUUUAGCCCAGUAGCCACUCUAAGGAAAUAAUGAUAACUUUUGCUAAGAGCUACAGUAAUUUGUAGCAUACCUGGAUAUAAUGGGAAGGGGCCUGGGUCUUACCCAUGUACUGAAUUUUUUUUACCAACAUGGCUAAAAAAUUAAAACUGAUUGCUUCUGUGUUCUU